AUGGGAGAUUCCAAUUCAAGUUCACCCACCCCACGGCUGGACCUCCAAGCUUCUCUGCCCAACCCUGAGCUCACCACGGUCCUAGGAGAGGAUUGGACUUCUCCAAAAGUUCAACAAGUGGCAAGGGAAAGCCAUGGAGAAGAUGCAAAAGUCCAUGGACAAGAUGGUGAGCAAGAUCAAGAGUUUGGAGAAGAAAGUUUCUGGUUCUUCAAGCAAGAAGAAGUCCAAGGCCCCACUUCCCUAGGAGUAGGUCACUCCUCACCACCCAAAGGAGGCUCCCUGCCCAAGAGCCUCACAGAGCCUCUUCUUUCGAGCCAAGGGAAGGAGAACAACACGCAGAGAAGGAGGAAGAGUUCCAAGGCCAGACGCUCCAGCUCGACCACCGGACUCGAUCGAGUCCAAACAGAGGAAACUCAACUCGAUCGAGCUGACGGUCGAGUUGACCUGGAGGAGCCCCAGUUUGAGAUCCUGGAUUCGAAUACGAUCAACCCAGUACCAGGACUUCUCAGACCUGGACCCCUACAACCGUUCGAGCGAGCACAACUCCACCAAGGCCAAGGAAGCCACACCACUUUGAAGAUGAAGAAGAGAGGAAGAGGAGCCACAAGCUCGAUCGAGUGA